AUGGAAAAUGAAAAGUUAAUUUGGGCUGGUGUCGGCCUAUUCACUAUGGCAUCGUUUAUUUAUCUUCAGGGGCCCCUGUUGUCUUCACGGGGCCGUAGUUCGACGCGUCAAAUGCGUGGAGAACGCACAAAUUCAAGGCAGCGUCAUCACACAUUGACAUCUAUCGCGCCUUCUGAACGAAUUGAUCGCUCUCGUGGCAGUGCAAUUUCAAAAAAGGAGUUGAGCAACGGUCGUCUUGACGGAAAAAGUGGGGAUGCUGUUUUUGCUUCUAUUUUCGAACACCAAAGCGUAUCGCCUCCCCCACGGAAAGUAAGUGCGAGUGGCUCUCCUUUAGAGACGGAUGUGUCUUAUCAAUCCCCUAACGCCAACAAAAUUGUCCCCGCACAGCACACCGCAAGGCACCGGGUAAUGAGCUCGCAGCCUACAAGCGUUGUUCCCGCUCAAGCGGAGAAACGCCGAGUUAGGACGGGGCGUUCAACACAGACUGAUAACUCUACGUGGGAAGAGUUGUGCCGUCUUGAGGCUCUCAUCGCAGCUCAAGGUGGCGGUGAUCCACUUGGUUUUAUCAGCCCCAUUGCCUGUAAGGACAAGGACAUUGGGUCGCCUAUUUCACCCGCGGCAUUGUAUUUCUCACCUCCAGAGCAGGAGAAGAAAAAAAGUGGCCCUUUACUUCCCCCCUCUUUGGAACGUGGUGUUGAAAUGGAGUUGACGAAACGUGUGGGGGCAGUGCAUUCGCAUUCAGCUGGUGCCAGAGAAUGGCUUGACCUGUACAACUUUCUCAUAGAUAUUCCUUGCAGUGUCCUCCAGUACAUUUGGAGGAAGAAAUCCUUGGGAUUAUUUCUUCCUCCCCUAUCCUCUCCACCAGCUGCAAUGCUAGACAACCCAGCUGAAGAAGUGGAUUCGCUUUGGCGAAUUCAGGAACACGUUUUGCGUCUUGUGAAUCGUGAGCCUUGUCAAGUUCCAAAGAAUGGUCAUUUCAGGCUCUCAGAGGACGGGGUGAAUGUCGUUUGGUGUCCAAAGGAAGGAAAGAAAUCGGAAAAAAUGGGAAGAUUUACUCAUGUUUGUGUCUUUUCAAGCGAUGAGGAUGAAGAAGGAAGAGAUGACGAUACUGACACCGGUGUAGCUGAGCGUGUUGAAAAGGUACUGUUGGCUUGUCGACAAGCGAGGAUGCAUUCUCUUUCAACGCAGUUUCCCGAAGAAUCCACGGGAGUUGUCAAUGAACCAGUAAAUCAACCCCAGGUAGCAACGAGGUUCCCAUUUGAGGAGAGGGAUGUGAUGGCGUUGCUUGGAAAUUUGGUGAAACUACGAAACCAUGCCUCCUUUGAUGCGUUGCGACGCAGUGGCACUGACAUAUCUUUUGUAGUUGGCGUAAUUGAUCUCAUGAACGACGCACAAAGGUUACUUGAUAGAGCGGCUAUUUGGAUGAAUUCCAUAGAGGAGACAACCAAACCGUAUAUGAAACCCCCACCAGAGUCUCGAUUAAUGCCAUCCGCCCACCGCAUUUUGGGAAAGGAGUCAAAGUUGGGCCAGGAAGAGUUGGCUCUGACGUCGCCGGAUGCACGGUGUGCAGGGCGUGACGCGCAGGUGGUGCUUCGUGGAAGCGCCACUAAUGGCACCGGAAAGCUUUUGAAAAAUCAACAAAACGCGCCUUCUUUUCCCCACUUUGGUCAUGAAAACUCCGCGGCAACACCGCCCCGCAACGGUGGCCCGGAUUCAUUUGCAAGAUUUUUGAGUGCCUCGACGAUUCCGUCUGCAGUUUUGGACGAAAAUGAGCGACGGCGCACGUCGUUUGCACGAUCCAGAACGCAGGUCGUUAUAGAAAAUGCUUCGAGUAUUCUUUCGGAGAAUAACAGCAGCAACGGGGCACAUUUGAGAAACAACGUCUUUGACAGACUCUACACGCCCCCAAAAAAUGCAUUAAAAACGAAUUCGCAAGCUACACCGCCCAUUUCAGGAGGGAAGAAGGCUCCAUUUAACGUUUACGUGUGA